AUGCUUCAACUUAUAUCACGGGCCCCGGAAGAAUCAGCCAAUCUUGUUGAAGAGGUCGUGGAAGCCGCUCAAGGGGUCUUUCUCUGGGUUGAAGUGGUUGUGAGAUCUCUGCUCGAAGGUUUCCAAAAUCAUGAUGAGAUAGGUGCGUUGGCCGAAAAGCUGCUCGAGCUACCAACAGACCUCGAGGAUCCAUUCCGCGUCAUGCUCGGGCGAGUUCCCCAUAGAUACAAAUCGACCAUGUCGAAAACAUUUCAGCUCAUACGGGGCAUUUCUGAGCUCCAAGCCAAGGAUCAACCUUGUAUGGAUGGCACGGAUAAAUGGCCAUUGACGGCACUGAGCUUGAAGUUUGCUCUUGUUGAGCCAGAAGCAGUACUCCAAGCCCAGAUUGAAAUUCGUUCAAUCGAAGCACAGAUGAGGAUAUGCUGCUCUAGUUUGAUAGAGCUUAGAGCCUCAACUGAUCAGGCUCACCCCGAUCUACUUAUGGAGCCGGCACCAGAAUCCAAGACUGAGUUCAGUUCCGCUGUAACUGACAGCUGA